UCAACCACACGCUUGCUGUGUGACUUGGUCGUACAAGAUUCCUCUGGUAUUUUAUCCUCUAAAAUAUCCUCAAUGGAAAUCAGAAGAGGAGCAUCGCACGAAUUCAAAUGAUGUUGUUAGGAUAUGUUUGGAUAGAUCUUGCCAUAUUAUCCGCCAGAACCAGGCGGUGAAGACUCCAAACUCGAAAACAAAUAUCUGGUGAUGGAGAGCGACCGCAUUGCCAUCCUGAACGAGGAUGAGGAGGACCAGAAGAGGAAGUAUAUCCUCUCCGAGCCCUUCAACACCCUGUGCACGGAGCACGGAACCUCCAACUCCUCCCUCUCUGGUGGCGGCCCCUCUCCCUCCACCAACGCCACCCCCUCCUCCUCCGGGGUUGUCUCGGCCUCCCAGUCAGCCCAGAGCGUGGACUGCCUGGAACGAGGCUGCCUUCUGCCCAUCAUCACCAACCACCUCCUGGUGUCCAAGGUCUUCUACUUCGUCUUCUACGCCGCCUACGGCUCCUUGCACCCGCUGCUGGCCAUCUACUACAAGCAGCUGGGCAUGACGGCCAGCCAGAGCGGCCUGUUGGUGGGCAUCCGCUACUUCAUAGAGUUUGGCAGCGCCCCCUUCUGGGGCCUCAUGGCCGACCGCUUCAAGAAGGGCAAGGUCAUGCUGCUGUUCUCCGUCUUCUGCUGGGUGGUGUUCAACUGCGGCAUCGGGUUCAUCAAGCCGGCAGCCAUGACCUGCGUGGAGAAGGCGCCGCCUGCCAACGUUGUUCCUCCUCCUCCUGUUGUGAACGGCAGUCACCAUCCCUACAACCCCCAACACACCCCUCACCCUGCGGUGAAUCGCACCCGAAACCGCAGAUCCACAUUUCAGAGUUUGAUCCCUGACCUUGAACUAAUGGUGGACAUGGAGCCAGGUUAUAGUGUUGAACAGAGACACAUUAGGAGUGUGGAUGUCAAUAUGUCUGACCGGUUAGCCAUUGCUGCUCAAGUGUCAACCCCAAUGCCUAUUGUGCCCAGUGUUACCACCACCAUAACCACCACAACCACAGCUACCACAACACCUUCCACUACCUCACAAGCUAUAAAACCAAACACCACCUUGAUGAUGACCACCUCCUCCACCACCACAGUCAAGCCCAAGGAGUACAAGAUUGUCUACAACCACGACCAGGUGAAAACCAUCUUCCUCUUGAUCCUGCUGGUCAUCAUCAUCGGCGAGUUCUUCAGCGUGCCGGCGGUCACCAUCGUGGACACGGUGACCCUGCAGUACCUGGGCAAGCACCGCGAUCGCUACGGCCUGCAGCGCAUGUGGGGCUCUCUGGGCUGGGGCCUGGCCAUGUUGUCCAUUGGCAUCUGGAUAGACCACACGUCCAUCACGCUGAUCAUCGAGGGCUGCGCGCUGCGUGGGUACAAGAACUACCGGAUCGCGUUUAUCGUCUUCGGUGUCCUGAUGACCCUGGCUCUGGUGGUGGCCACGCAGUUCUACUUCGAUGACCAUGAAUAUCGGCCCAGCGGCGCAGGCGCAGGAAGUAGUGGCGGUGAUGGGGAUGAGAAGGAGAGCGACGUCGAGAUACCGCACGUGGUCCAGAACAUCUCGAGUCCCGAGAGCAGUUCGGAGGAGGCUCCAGUGUGUCCCGAGAGUGCCUACCAACCCUUGCCCAUCAAGGAGCUCUUCGGCCUGCUGUGUGGGAUCCGGUACGGCUCGGUGCUCUUCGUGGCCUGGUUCAUGGGCUUCGGUUACGGGUUCGUGUUCAGUUUCCUCUUUUGGCACUUGGAGGACCUGAAAGGGACCACUACGCUGUUUGGGAUCUGUUCAGUGCUCAGCCACGUGUCGGAGCUGGCAGCCUACUUCACCAGCCACAAGCUGAUUGAGCUGGUGGGACACAUCAGAGUGCUUUACAUCGGAUUGGCCUGCAACACGGCCCGCUACCUGUACAUCUCCUACCUGGAGAACGCCUGGAUAGUACUACCCAUGGAGGUCCUUCAAGGUAUGACGCAUGCGUCUGUGUGGGCGGCCUGCAUCUCCUUCCUGAGUGGGGCGGUUCCCCCCGCGCUACGUACCUCUGCCCAGGGCAUCCUGCAGGGCCUCCACCUGGGGCUGGGACGUGGCUGUGGAGCCAUGAUCGGGGGCGUCCUCGUCCACUACUUUGGUGCUGCAGUGACGUUCCGUGGGAUUGGAAUGGCCUCCCUCGUUAUCCUGCUCCUCUUCGCUCUGAUUCAGGCCCUGGUCGGACAGAAUGAGGACAAGAGAGAGGACCAGAUCCUGGCUGACAACAUCCCGGUGCCGUCCAGCCCUGUCCCCAUCGCCACCAUAGACCUGGUACCCAACCAGGCCACCUCAUCCUCUUCCUCUUCCUCCUCCAGCCGCACUGGCACCAGAACCUCCACCACCAGGGCGGCGACAGCAGCCACAGACUCCAAGCCCCCGCCCAAGAAGACAAAGCACCAGGAGGAGCAGGAGGACGUGGGCAAGCCGGCCUGGGUGGUGUCCACGUCCCCCUGGGUCACGCUGGCCUUUGCCAUCUGCCAGCUGAAGGAGAUGGUGGCCCUGGAGAAGAGCCGCCCAGACCAGCAGGCUGACCAACAGCAGCAGCAGGACGCAAAUGAAUCAACUUCACCUCCUCCUCCACCCCAAGACACACCAUCCCAGCCCCACAUGGAAGGUGUGCCCACACCGGAGCGGGCCCCCACAUCCACCACCACCACCCAUGCAGGUCAGGGGGCUGCAGAGGGCAGCAGACCACUCCCCAGUCUCCCAGAGCCCCCAGAGAAGCCUCCACGCUCCACAAACAACUGUGAGGUUGCGGGGCACCCCAAGUUCUCCACACCCAUUGCCCCAGCUUCAGUUGAUGAAGUGCAGCACGCAGCAUCACCCCAGAGUCCAUCUGGAGAUCAGUAGCAAGAGGAUAUGCUACCAGAGCUGGUUUUACCAAUAAGCAUAGGUAGUUGCCUAAGGCUCCACCAAAUUUGCCCAUUGCAGGGGGCACCCAACAUUCAGCCCCGCCCAUGGUAAAUACCAGCGGAAGUCAUUCAAAAGGGCCCCAUGUCUACAUUUUGCCUAGGGUCCCCAGAUGGGUAGAACCGCUGCUGCCUGCUAACUGUCCAGGGCAUCAGGACUCUUUCCUGUGUGUAUGGAGAGUGGGAAGAUGAUUUGAGGAUGCCUGACCUAAAGGAAGGAGUAAUAAUGGCUGAAUAGGCCAAAGGACAAAACUGAAGGAUAUGUAUGUCUUGGACAAACUUCAUAUCUUAAGAGUGACUGACAAGACGUGUCUUACGAUCUUUUGGGGACAUUUUGGUGGCCUGUUCCCAUUAUCGCUACACAAAAAAGACCAAGUAGUUUCUUUCACAUCUAUUCCACUAGUUUUUUUGAAGUAAAACAGUAAUGAUGGGCAUAAGAUGAUCAAUAAUAUAAAUAAUGCCCCCCCCUCCCCCGAGAAAUAAUGGCUGACUAUGAAAUGACUGAAGGACCUAUGCGUAUAUGCAUCUUCUUCCUUUGUUUACAUUAGUACUCACUGUAGCUGUCUUCCCGUUUCCUUUUUGUGUUCUGCCUCAUACUGCCGUUAGACCUUUUGCCUUCAAUUACUAAAGUAUGUGCCUGUCUGCUUCGUAAUGCUCAAUGUCGGAGCUGAAUGAAAAAAAAUAGCAGAGGUGGACAAGCCUGGGAAAAGGUAAAAGUUCUGCCAUGCUGUCAUUCUGGUGGUGCUGCAGUGCCACCACAGGUCAUUUCACCUGCUGGUUUAUCUAGCCAGGGAGCUGGAUGGGUGAAUUGGCAGGGAAGUAAAUGUGGCAUGGCUUUUAUUUCCUCAACCCAGGAUGUCCACCUCAGUGGAAAAAAGCUCUUGGGGUACAAAUGAAUGACUUCCUCUAGUACAGUGGUUCUCAAGCUUUCUUGAACAAACACCCCCUUGACCUCAGCAUAGCCCUGCCCAAUGCCCCUUCACCUCAUCAUGAGCCUGCCAAUGCCUCCCGUUUGCAUUAAAAUUAUAUGUAGACUAAUUGCAAUUGAGCGCCCCCAUCUCAGGGCUCCCUAACUCCAUGGGAGGAGAGGCAGCACCAAGGCGCGAGGACGGCAGGUGAAGGACACGACCAAGGGAAUGAUAUUGAAAUUAACCCUUGGAGUGUGUUCCAAGGAGAUUCGCUGGAGGUGAGCUCCACUUACUGACCAGCGUUGGAGGGUUCUUGUUUGUAUUGACUUUUUCUGACCGUGAGGGCUAUUUUGAAGCACAGUGUGAAUGUUGUCUGGUAUGUU